ACGCCCCCCUCCCCCACCUCCUCACCAUCCCCCACGCUCACCACCACCUCCUCCACGCUCACCACCACCUCGUCGCCACGUCGCCACGGCAACGGUGGUGACGAUGACGACAUCCUCUUCUUCGUCACCUCGUCGCAGGGGGGACACGAAGAGGAGGAAGGGGAGGGAAGGAAGAAGAUGCUCGGUCAGGCGACGCUCCGAGUCUGCCGCAGGGACUCCUGCCUGGUGCCCGUGCCGGGUGACGCUGCCAUCGACUGGGAGAAGUCUCUGCUGCUGCACCUGGUCCUGCACCAGUUUGAGUACACGGUCGCCUGUGCCGUGAGUGUCCCCCACACGGAGCGCAGUGGUCACGCUAGGGUGCGGCGCAGAGUGGCGCAGGCUGUGUACGCCUCCCCUAGCCGUGUGCGAAUGGACGGCAAGGGCCAGGCCAUGGAGCUCAGCUACCCACAGAUCUUCUUCAUGGUGCACGACUUUGACCAGGUGUUUGGAGACCUGUGUCUCCACGCGGGAGACAUGGUCUGCGUUGAGCUCUGCGCCCGCGACCUCUCGCGGUCAAAGGUCGGGGUCAUCUUCCAGGGGUCGAUACGCUACGAGGUCCUGAAGAGAGCUCACGACAGGAGGCAGGCCCGGGGGCUGCCGGGCCCGCUGCGCCUCCUGUGGAGGCCGCUACCGCUACCGCUGCUACCGCCACCCCUACCGCUACCGCUACCGCCCACGACCUUCGUGAGGAUGCGGGGGCCCGGCGGGAAGGGCCGUGCCGAGAUGGCCGUGAGCGGCGUCGCCGGGGACAACGCCCCCCACCGUCCCCAUGGCAACCGGCGGGGGGAGACGCGGGGGGGAGACGCGGAGACGGCGGGGGAUGGAGGUGGUGGUGGAGGUGGUGGAGGAGGAGGAGGAGGUUGGGUGACAGGCUCCGUGCUUUCGUCCUGGCUCAGGCGCUCCGUCCCGACGGCGGACACGCCCCUGUCCGCCAGACUCACGUACAUCAGCCUGCCCUGCAGUGCCAUCAUUAACGAUGUCCUGGAGCUCCGACAGACCCCCGUCCUGCUCGCGUGACACAAACAACACACUACACACACAUAUACUACAUACACAAACAACACACACAACACAAACAACACACACACUACCCACACACACUACACACACAUAUACUACACA